GCAAAAUCAAAGUCAUUCCAAGACCGGUGGAUUCGUAGCAAACAACGUGUGCGGCUGCAACAAUAGCACUGAUCCAACACUCAGACUCCGAACUCCUCCCAACAGAAACAGAAGCAAACAACACUCUUGUUGUUUUCGUAUUCUGUCUAUCUAGCUAUCUGUUUCUCUUUCCCAUUUUCGCAAAGUCGCGCGUGCGGCUCACUCUCCAGCUGCAUGCUCUUGCUCUCACGCUUCCUCAAUUCAUGCUCUCUUCAGGUUCCAAUUCCAAACCCCCCCUUUUAUUUUUCCCAUGCAAAAAUUCACGUACAGCACUCAUUGCUGUAUUGGGUCUCUGAAAAUUAAUUCAAAGUUUUUGACUUUGGGUAUCAUUAGGCUAUGGCGGUGUAAUUGAUCCCUAGCUCUUACCCAUUCAAUUGUGUUCAAUUUCACUCAAGGCCUUGUUCUUUUCAACCCCUUGUUGCAUACUUGCAUCCACCAACUCCUGAAUGUUUCUCAUUCAAUCUACUUUUCCUUAUGAGCUUAUGUUUAAUUAUUGUUUAGUUUUUUUUUUAUAUGUGGGAAUCGAAAAGGAGUUUACAAUAACUCAUGCGCCCAUCUCAAGCAACCGAGCUAGACCACUUGACGAUUAUUGUUUAGUUUAGAAAUGUUAGGAACACACUCUUUUGAACACACAUUCUCCUAUUGGUUGAAAUUGAUUGAAAAUCAAUAAAUUUUGUUGGUUCCUCGUUAUAUUAAAUGUUUCUCUCACCUGGUGUUGUAGUUUACAAUAAAUUUCAACCAAAAAAGUGUGCCAGAAAGUGUGUUCCUGUCAUUUCUUUUGUUUAGUUAGUUCUUAACUUUCUAUUAUGGAUUUAUGAUAGUAUAAGAAUGGUGUUUCAUCUGAUUUUUGUUCUUAUGUUAUUUUGAAACCGAAGUUCUUGUGCCUCCAUGUUGAGCUUCAAUUUCAAUUCUGUAAAAUCAUAAGUAAUUUUUCUAUUGUAAUAUUUUAUGAAAUAUAGCUUAGCAUUUUUUUUGGCCAGUGGUGAAUUGGUGAUAAGUGAUGGGUAGGCAAAAAAGUAAACCACAGCGAGCAGGCGGGAUAAUACUAGAGACAAAUGCUGCUGCUGAGACAGAAUUGGAUAAACAAAAUGUUAUAGAAGGAGGGAAAGAAACAAAGGGUGAUUCUAGUGGCAUUGAUAAACCUUAUUUUGUUGAGGUUGAUCGGUGUGGUUGGUUAUCGAGUGAACACCUUGAUAUUUCUGAGGUUGUUUUGAGUGAUUUAAAUUUGAGAGAAGGUUUUUCUGGUUUUGAACUGUCUGAGGAUUUUUAUCGGGAUCAGCAGUACUUGUUAAGAUUUCAGGUUUGUAAUGUCAGUAAUGUUCUUGGUCGAAUUAAAUUAGGGCAUUGGCCUGUGAUACCCUAUACUGAUAUUCAUCUGGAGUUUGUAAGAAGAGUUACCAUUGACCAUGUGGAAACAUAUACAGUGUUGUUAUCUGGUAUUUUUGAUGGACCUGAUGAAGGUGUUACUGGUCUUCUUCACUUGGCAAGUUUGAAGUUUGUUACAUUGAGGCCAGUUCUUGGGGCUAGGCUUUCUGAGGAAAUUUCCUCCCUCCGGAUAAGGGUUGAGGUAUUAAAGAGUGCCUUUGAUGCAUGCGAGUCGCUUCUUGAUAGUUCUAGACAACUAUGGAAAAAGAGUAUGGUGAAUGUAAUGUCUUGGCUACGUCCAGAAAUAAUGACUUCGGAAGUUAGGUAUGGGUUUGGUACCUGUAUGAAAAUGGAAGUUGAUCCGCAGAUAGAGAUGGCAGAUGACACUUGCAAGGCAAGGAAACAUGCAAGGUUCGAUCCUGCAGGUUUCUGUGAAGCCAUUAAGCCUUCAAAAUCAGAGCCAAUGCUCAAAGAUGACAUACCAGAGUUACUUCCUAAAUUGAGGCCAUAUCAACGGCGUGCAGCUUUCUGGAUGGUAGAACGGGAGAAAGCAGUGGAAGAAAGUCGGGGUGAAAGAGAAAGGAAUCUGUUUCAUUCUCCAUUAUGUAUACCUGUGGAUUUUCUGGACACCAGUUCUCAAAUCAGUCAAAUGUUUUUCAAUCCAUUCAGUGGAAGUAUUUCAUUGUGCCCAGAGACUUCUUCACCUUAUGUAUUUGGAGGCAUUCUUGCUGAUGAGAUGGGGUUGGGAAAAACUGUUGAAUUGCUUGCUUGCGUCUUUGCUCACCGUAGACAAGCAUCUGGAAGUGACAUAUUAAUUGAUUUAGAACCCCAAGCUAAUGGGGACCAAAAAGUCACUCUGAAAAGACUUAAAAGAGAGCGUGUGGAAUGCAUAUGUGGAGCUGUGAGCGAAAGUCUUAAAUAUGAAGGACUAUGGGUUCAGUGUGACAUUUGUGAUGCUUGGCAACAUGCGGAUUGUGUUGGUUAUUCACCUAAAGGAAAAUCUUUGAAAUCAAAACAAGGAUGUGAAAGCAAGACAUUUAAAACCACCAUAGCUGUGAGGGACGGAGAAUAUGUAUGUCAGAUGUGCUCUGAACUAAUACAAGCUACUGAAUCUCCUAUUGCCUCUGGUGCCACUCUCAUCAUCUGCCCAGCUCCUAUUUUGCCCCAGUGGCAUGACGAAAUUAUACGCCAUACACAUCAGGGCUCCUUGAAAACUUGUAUUUAUGAAGGUGUGCGAGACACAUCUUUUUCCAAUACGUCUCUGAUGGAUAUCGGUGAUCUUGCCAGUGCUGACAUUGUAUUAACUACAUAUGAUGUGCUUAAAGAAGAUUUGUCCCAUGAUUCUGAUAGGCAUGAAGGUGAUCGGCACUUUCUGAGGUUUCAGAAAAGGUACCCAGUUAUCCCAACUCUUCUUACAAGAAUAUACUGGUGGAGGGUUUGCUUGGAUGAGGCACAGAUGGUGGAGAGUAAUACUACUGCUGCAACUGAAAUGGCUCUAAGACUCCAUUCAAAGUAUCGUUGGUGCAUUACUGGUACCCCAAUUCAGCGAAAGCUUGAUGACUUGUAUGGACUUCUAAGAUUCCUUAAAGCUAGUCCUUUUGAUAGAUACAGGUGGUGGACUGAUGUUAUUCGAGAUCCUUAUGAGAAGGAAGAUGUGGGAGCUAUGGAAUUUACGCACAAAAUUUUCAAACAAAUCAUGUGGCGUUCUUCUAAAGAACAUGUUGCUGAUGAAUUGGAACUUCCCUCCCAAGAGGAGUGCCUCUCUUGGCUUACACUCUCACCAGUCGAGGAGCACUUUUACCAGAGGCAACAUGAAACUUGUGUUAGAGAUGCCCAUGAAGUUAUUGAAAGUUUGAGAAGUGAUAUUCUUAAUAGAAAAGGCCCAGAUUCUGUCUCUUUGAAUGGUUCUUCUGAUCCUUUAAUCACUCACACCGAGGCAGGGAAGCUACUGAAUGCUUUGCUGAAGCUUCGCCAAGCUUGUUGUCAUCCCCAGGUUGGAAGUUCUGGGUUGCGCUCGCUGCAGCAGUCACCUAUGACCAUGGAGGAAAUACUAAUGGUUCUUAUAAGCAAGACAAAGAUAGAAGGUGAGGAAGCUCUCAGGAAGUUAGUUAUUGCUCUGAAUGCACUUGCAGCUAUUGCCGCAAUACAAAAUGAUUUUUCUCAAGCUACAUUACUGUACAGUGAAGCUCUUUCUUUGGCUGAAGAGCAGUCUGAAGAUUUCCGCCUGGACCCAUUGUUAAAUAUACACAUUCAUCAUAAUCUUGCUGAAAUACUCCCACUGGUUCCAAACUUUGCUCUAAUAUCGCCAUCCAAAGGAAAGCAGUUCUCUGGAACUUCUAAAUUUAAGAUGACCAAAAGGCAUUUAAGUGUGAAGGUUGAGCAUUGUCAUGAGAAGAGGCAAAAAAUAAGUGGUUGUGAUGACGUAAAUGUAACAGUGCUGUCAGAACCAUCAGAUGUUGCAUUUAGCCAUUCAGAAAAUGACUUAAAUGAGGAUCAGGAAUUUGAUAGUUUAUCAGCCAUCAAUUCUCUGAUAGCAGAAUGUGAAGAUUCAAAACAGAAAUACUUAUCUGUCUUCAGUUCGAAGCUAUCUACAUCCCAACAGGAGUUUCAAAAUUCUUACACGCAGGUCUGUAAUGCAUAUCAUGACAGCAGAACAGAUCAAGAUACAUUUUGGUGGUUAGAAGCACUCCAUCAUGCUGAGCAGAACAAAGAUUUCUCCACUGAGUUGAUUAGGAAGAUUGAAGAAGCCAUCUCAGGAACUUCAAACAAUUCAAAGUCAUCAAGAGUAACUGCUCGUUUCCGAAGCAUAAGCUCUCUGAAGUAUCAAAUUCAGACAGCUUUGGACCAGUUAGAGGCCUCUAGAAAAAUGCUACUAGAUCGACUGUUAGAAAUUGAUCAGACAAUGGAAAAACCAAAAGAAGAAGAUAUUGAACGUGUGGGUAAAUGUCGGAAUUGUCAGCCUAAUUGUGAUGGUCCCCCUUGCAUUUUGUGUGAACUAGAUGAAUUGUUUCAGGAUUAUGAAGCAAGACUCUUUGUUCUUAAGAAUGAACGUGGAGGGAUAAUUUCAUCUGCUGAGGAGGCUGUAGAUUUUCAGAAGAAAAACUUUGCAUUGAAUCAUUUCCUCUCAAAGCUAUCACAAUCUAAUCACAGUUCUACAGUAUCUGAUAUUGGUCAUGAAGAAUCAAAGAAAAGGAAUGUUGGACAAAGAGUUGUGGUUUCAAAAUCAGCAUCUGAGUUGGAGCUAAUUCUUGGAGUUUUAAAGAACUACUGCAAGUCUCGAUUAGGAAGAGACAGAGUCUCAGCUGCCACCAAGCAUUUACAUGUUUUUGAGGGAAUGCGAAAGGAGUUUGGCCACGCAAGGUCUUUGGCAUUAGCUCAAGCUAUGUAUCUGCGUGCACAUGAUGAAAUAAAGAUGGCAGUUUCUCGUUUGCACCUAAGGGCGAAUGAAGAUGAUAAAUCUCUUGAUGCUUUAGGUGAAAAUGAAUUAGCUGCAGCUAGCUCAAACUUUUCCCAUGAUAAGUUUAUGUCAUUGACCAUGUUGUCACAGAUAAAAGGAAAACUCCGCUACUUAAAGGGUUUGGUUCAAUCUAAGCAAAAACUGCAAUUCGAAAGUCCAACUAGUUCUUCAUUCACACGAGAGACAACUGCAACGCCAAACUCUACAGAAGAGAAGGAUGCACUUUUAUCUAAAAGUGACGACGAAACAUGCCCAAUUUGCCAAGAAAAGCUGGGCAAACAGAAAAUGGUUUUUCAAUGUGGGCAUGUUACAUGCUGUAAAUGUUUAUUUGCUAUGACUGAGAAAAGACUUCAAAAUAGCAAGCUUCAUAAUUGGGUGAUGUGCCCUACAUGUCGACAGCAUACUGAUUUUGGAAACAUUGCUUAUGCUGUUGAUGCACAGCAUGAAUCUUCCGAUCCUUCAGUGCUGCAUCCAAUUGACAGCAGUGAAAAAUUUGAAGCAUCCAUUAGUGUUAAAGGUUCAUAUGGAACCAAGAUUGAAGCAGUCACAAGAAGAAUCUUGUGGGUAAAGGCUAAUGAUCAUAGAGCAAAAGUUCUUGUAUUUUCAAGUUGGAAUGAUGUACUUGAUGUAUUGGAGCAUGCCUUCGCUGCCAAUAACAUUACCUAUAUUCGGAUGAAGGGAGGCAGAAAAGCACAUGUUGCUAUCAGUCAAUUUAGAGGAAAACAAAAUGGCACAAAAAAAUGUGAGGGGUCAACACCAAAAUCUAUUCAGGUGUUGUUGCUUUUAAUUCAACAUGGAGCCAAUGGACUCAAUCUAUUGGAAGCACAGCAUGUAGUCCUUGUAGAACCAUUACUCAAUCCAGCUGCCGAAGCACAAGCAAUCAGUCGUGUACAUCGGAUUGGACAAAAAAAUAAGACCCUCAUUCAUCGUUUCAUUGUAAAAGACACGGUUGAAGAGAGCAUAUAUAAAUUGAACAGAAGCAGGAGCAAUCAUUCGUUCAUCAGUGGGAACACUAAAAAUCAAGAUCAACCUGUUCUAACCCUGAAGGAUGUGGAAGCCUUGCUUUCUAGAGCACCACUAACAAUGCCAGAAAGUGAUGAAAAUCCUAACAGGGACACGAAUCUUAGACACUUGCCACCAUCAGUGGCAGCUGCUGUAGCUGCUGAGAGGAGACUUAAUGAACAAAGGACAUGAUUUUGCUUGCUUCUCUCUUAGUUCAAUAGAUGGAGUUGCAUUGCAUUGCAAAGAUUCCACUAAACACAAGUGCAGUAAUUUCAAGAGGCUAGAGGAGAUGCAAUGCAAUAAUAACCUUUCAGCCGUAGAUCCUUCUAACCAAAAUUCUAUGGUAUAAUAUCCAUAAAUUUAUUUACUCUUGUACAUAUAAUUAGAUAUAUUUUAGUUGAGUAGAGAUCUGUAUAAUAUUAAUCCUUUAGGUGAGCUUUGUUACUCUAUUUGUAAACCUCUUGCACGGUAUAAUGGCUUAUACUACAGGCAUUUUAAUUAAACAAUGAAAAAAAAAUCCAUAGCAGUUAAAAGUUAACUGCUAACCAAAGAAGGUGCAGUUCCUCCAUCAAAUUCCAAUGUUCCCUUUUUUUUUUUUAUAAAUAUAUUUAUGAUAAAAUUGUCUCAA